AUGACAGUCUUGGUGAAAAACGAAGGUGAAGAUUCAUACAACACUCGUGUUAUCAUCCCCUUCCCCUCCGGCUUGUCAUAUCGCCUGGUGUCUCUCAUUGAGAGCAACAAGAAAGUGACGGUUUCAUGUGCCUCUCUGGAAGGUCAGAGAGUGGUGAACUGUGGGGUGAACAGACCUCUCCUGAGACCCAACACCACGGCCAUCUUCCUGGUGGGUUUUCACGUUUCAGCGAAUGCUGCCCUGGGGAACUCUCUGACAAUGUCAGCCAACGUGAGCAGCGAUUACAGACGAGCCCCCACCGAUCGAAUGAUGUCCUCAUCUCAGCUGAGCGUCCGCUAUGCCAUCUACGUUACCAUCACCAGCCUCGAAGAGUCCAGCAAAUACCAGAACUUCUCCAACGGUGACUCCACCAUACAGCAUAUCUACAGGGUCAUUAACCUGGGCCAGCGGUCACUCCCUCCCUCACCGUCAUCUUCAUGGUACCAGUGAGGUUGGGGGAGACGUCCAUCUGGGAGACGAGGAACAUUACAAGUUCUAAGCCAGACAUCUCCACAUGUACUGAAGCCAGAGAAGCCCCCGGCGCUGAGAAGUACCAGGAGAUCCUGGCAAGAAGUCCAAUUCUGAACUGUUCUGUUGGUUGGUGUGUCAGAGUGGAGUGUCAGAUUCGGGAUCUGGAGGUUCAGAGUUCUGUAAACUUCACUAUCAGCGGAUCUGUGACUGAAGGAUCCGUCACUCAGUCAGGACAGCAGCAGAUUUUCCUGCAGACCGCAGCGGAGAUCAGAUACGAUUCUCAGACGUACGCGCACAUCCUGGAACAGAACCAGCGUUUCGUCAGAGCCCAGACACAGACGGCGCUGGAGAUCAGCAAGGAGUACAACUAUUACCCCAUCAUCAUCGGCAGCAGCGUGGGGGGGCUGGUGCUCCUGGCACUCAUAACCGCCGGCCUGUAUAAGCUCGGCUUUUUCAAGCGUCAGUACAAGAACCUGCUGGAGAGUCCUGAGGGCCUGGAAGAGGCUCCUGUGGACCCCCCGAUCGGCUGA